CUCUGCGUGUGUGUGUGUGUGUGUGUGUGUUUAACAACAAUUUAAGGGGAGUGGAGACUCAGUAACCUCAGGAAGUUUUCACUUUACUCUUCAUCCACUUCACUUUCUGUCCUCACGCGCACGUGUCCGUGUCUCUCGCGCUCGCUUCUCUUUGUUUUUCCUUUAAUUGAGGACAGUGACGUGGGCAUUUGCAGCGCGUGACAGGAGGACGCCACAGAACAGCGCGCAGGGUUGCAGAAGAAGGACAGAGUGACAACAGAGCACAACCACUCCACACACUAUGGAGACAGAAGACUCUGGCAGUGAGAGUCUGAACGGAGCCGAGACUGUGCUCUGCACGUCUGCGAGUCAUUAUGACGACCAAGGGAAGAGGAUUAAAGCACCAUCCCUUCCUGGGGUUCUCUUAGUGGGAUUGAUGUUUUUGGCCGCCCUCCCUGUUGGAGCAAGCAUCAAACAGAGUGUCCCCCGGGUCAGACUCAGCCACAGAGAACUGCUUCAUGGUGGAAGUGUGUCUCUGUUCCUGGGACCUGCCGAUGGCCUCCACUCCCACUCGCUGCUGCUGGACGAAGAAAGAGGUCGUCUUCUGUUGGGAGGCAGGGAUUACAUCUAUCUGCUGGACCCUGACAACCUCAGCAGAGAGCCCAGAAAGUUUCACUGGCCUGCUUCCCGGGACAGAGUUGAAAUGUGCAAACUGGCAGGGAAAAAUGCAAAUCUGGAGUGUGCUAACUUUGUCCGAGUCCUGCACAACUACAAUCGCACACACGUCUACGCCUGUGGGACAGGAGCUUUCCACCCGAUCUGCGCUUUCUUUGAAAUCACUGGUCGUAGAGAGGAUGGUGUGUUCCAGCUGCUGUCGAGCACAGUGGAGUCUGGCAGGUUGAAAUGUCCCUUUGAUCCCUUGCAGCCAUUCACCUCAGUCCUCACAAGCCAGUACCUGUAUGCGGGUACGUCUUCAGACUUCCUGGGCAAAGACACAACCUUCACGCGCUCCCUUGGCCCUCCACCUGACCAGCACUACAUACGCACAGACAUCUCUGAAGACUACUGGAUCAAUGAGGGCAGGUUCAUAUCUGCUCAUCCCAUCGCGGACACCUACAACCCAGAUGAUGAUAAGAUAUACUUUUUCUUCCGGGAAGUUUCGUGGGAAGGCAACGACAAAAGCAUCCUGACCCGAGUGGCUCGUGUGUGCAAGAAUGACGUCGGUGGCCUGAGGAGUCUGACCAAUAAAUGGACCACCUUCCUCAAAGCCAGGCUCGUGUGCUCGAUCCCCGGUCCAGACGGAGUGGACACUCACUUUGAUGAGCUGCAGGACGUCUUUCUUCUCCCGACGCGAGAUGAAAAACAGCCCAAAGUGUACGCAGUCUUCACCACCUCCAGCUCCAUUUUCCGUGGCUCGGCGGUGUGUGUGUACAGCAUGGCAGAUAUACGAGCUGCGUUUAAUGGACCUUACGCUCACAAGGAAGGGCCUGACCACAGAUGGGUGGAAUAUGAGGGGAAGAUUCCAUAUCCACGUCCUGGAACGUGUCCCAGCAAGACAUACGAUCCAAAGAUCAAGACCACCAAAGACUUCCCUGAUGAGGUCGUCAGCUUCGUCCGAUUCCACCCGCUGAUGUACCGCUCCGUCUACCCUCUGACCGGCCGGCCCGUGUUCACACGUGUACGAGUGGACUACACCCUCACCAAGAUUGUGGUGGACAGAGUUUUGGCUGAAGACGGACAAUAUGAGGUCAUGUUUCUGGGAACAGAUGUGGGCUCAGUUCUGAAGGUGGUGAGCAUCACUCAAGAGAACUGGUCAACGGAGGCAGUGGUGCUUGAAGAACUUGAAGUUUUCCAGGUUCCAACUCCCAUCCUCAGUAUGGAGAUGUCUUCCAAACAGCAACAGCUGUACGUGGGCUCGAGUGAGGGACUCGCUCAGGUUUCCCUCAGUCGGUGUAACCUCUACGGCCACGCCUGCGCUGAAUGCUGCCUCGCCCGCGAUCCGUACUGUGCCUGGGAUGGACAAACAUGCUCCCGAUACGUCCCUGCAUCUAAGAGACGGGCCAGGAGACAGGACAUCAAGCAUGGAGACCCUGCCAGUCAGUGCUGGGACACAGAAGACAGUCUUGGUGGAGGACAAGUGGAGGAGAAGGUUCUCUUUGGCGUGCAAAGCAACUCCACAUUCCUCGAGUGUAUCCCAAAAUCUCAACAAGCCCAGAUCCGGUGGUACAUCCAGAGAUCGGGAUCUGAGCGCAGGGAGGAGGUCAAGUUGGACGACCGUGUGGUUCCCACUGACCGAGGUCUCCUGAUCCGCUCCCUCCAUGCCUCGGACGCUGGCGUGUACAUCUGUGUGGCUCAAGAACGCACACACUUCACCCACACUCUCCUCCGUCUCACGCUACAACUUGUUACACACGGCCAGCUGGACGGAAAGCCCAAGCCCAGCGAGGACCCCGCGCUGCAGCUGCGGCACGGCGCCGAGUCCCGCCAGCGCUACAAAGACUACCUGCGAGUGAUGAGCUCUCCUUUCGCAUCUCUGGAGGAAUACUGCAGCUCGCUUUGGUCCGAGAAGAAGCCGUCGCGGCCGCGAGGGCGAGUCGGCAAAUGGAAACACAUGCAGGAAAUGAAGAAGAGCAGGAACAGGAGGCAUCAUGGAGAGAGGGAGGAAGAGAGAGUGGCAGGGUGGUGAUGACGUUCAACGGAAAACCAGGAUUAGCUGUGUGCACUCACUGAGCGAUGACGCAUUCAUGACAGAACUGUUCAACUGCAGUGACGCAAAACCUAACUCUGAGUUCAUAGGGCAUGAACGACGAAUGCUGAAAUAGUAAUAUUAAAGGGAUAGUUCAGGGUUUUUUAUAACAACAACAAUUCACACAUUGUUUGGAUGUUAGCGAGGACAGCAGAGAAAAGUGUUAGAAUAUAAUAAUCAUUCUUUGCUGUAUUUGAAAUACUUUUAUCGUGAUGUCAGGCGGCCCUUUGAAAUUAAAAUCCAAACAGCUGAUCUACCACUGCCUCUGCACUGUUGUGUGUAGGAAUAUGUUGAUAAAUGAUUGUGUAAAAUAUUCAAACUGGUUAACUUUGUCGAUUGCAGCACAACAAUAUGGUUGUGUUGUGUGUUUUCGUUUUAUAUUUUAUUUCUAAUGCAAUUUCCAGCUUGGUAAUAACAAUGGUAAUAGUGUGCUAAUAAAGAGAUCAUAUUACAGUACUAUCAUGUUAUAGCUAAUGUAAUAUAGUGUUAAUUAUCACUGAAAUACUUUCCCAUGAAAAUUGUUGUGAAUGUGAAUUCAAAUUGAUAAUUACCAUGUUAUAAAGUUGAAAUUAAUAUUUUAUGCCCCACACAUAUUUUCCGUGGUUAUCACAAAGAUAUGAAUUAGUAAAAACUAAGGAAUUGCAUGAUUGGAUAAUAUUGCCUCUCUAUGUCACUGACUCUCUCACACACCGUAGAAAACUGAACUAUCCCUUUAAUUGAAAUCAUCAGUUUUAAGUAUGACUGGUUUAAGAGUAUGACGUUUCUUUGUGUUAACGACGGAACAUUUUGUUCAUUUAGAAAAAAAACCAUAUAUAAACAGUAGUAGUGUGAGUUUGUUCAUGGCGUUGACAAUGCAUUCAUGUUGAAUGACUGUAAAUAUUUGUAUAACAUGUACAGAGGAUACAGCAUGCUUCGUUUACUGGUCUGUAUAACACUAAUAAUAAUAAUAAUAAAAACAAUAAUAAUAAUCGUUUUAUGCUCCUGCAACUGAAAAAAGGUAACAUUUUUGUACAAACAUUUAACAUGUGUAUGGUAGGUCCAGUAGAUGUUUUUGUUAUUGCUGUUUGUUUUUCAGUUAUUUAAAUAAAUGUUGGUUCUUUUCCAAAGA